GGAGAUUUGAUUGAUUGAUAUGUCUUCCACUUGUAGCCCCGGAAGCUCCCGCUUGCUGCAGCUCGGUGUCACCGGCUCUGCCUCCCGCCUCAGAUCCUCUUCCUCCAAGAAGCCGCCUGAGCCGCUACGCCGCGCUGUGGCGGAUUGCCUCUCAUCCUCCAAUUCUCCUGCUACCUCUCACCAUGGCGCGAUCCCUUCCAUCGCACCCUCUGAAGCUCUUAGAAAUCUCCGGGAUUAUUUAUCGGCCACUUCCACGACUGAUCUGACCUAUAACAUGCUCUUAGAGCAUACUAUAGCUGAGAGAGAUCGCAGUCCAGCUGUGGUGACGAGGUGUGUGGCAUUACUUAAACGGUACCUCUUAAGAUAUAAGCCUGGUGAGGAGACACUACUGCAAGUGGAUAGAUUUUGCGUGAACCUGAUUGCUGAGUGCGAUGCUAGCUUGAAGCACAAAUCAUUGCCUGUUUUAACAGCACCAUCUGAUGCUUGUCCUUUACCAGUGUCCAGCUUUGCUUCUGUAGCUUUGGUGAAGUCAUUGCAUUAUGUACGUUCCCUUGUGGCACUACAUAUCCCCAGACAAUCCUUUCAACCUGCGGCAUUUGCGGGAGCUACUCUUGCGUCAAGAAAGUUAUUGCCAUCUCUAUCCUCUUUGUUGAGCAAAUCAUUCGAUUCCCAGUUAAGUCCUGCCGCAGAGUCUCCACAGAAAAAGGAUGCUGCAAAUCUGUCUGUUUCAAACUUGUCAAAUAUAGAAGAAUUUAAUGCUAUGGAAGGCAAUGAAUACAUAUCAUCAGACUUACUGACUUGGCGUUGGGUUGGGGAGCUUCAGUUAUUAUCAGCUUCUUCUGAAAGUGAACGCCCUAUGAAUCUCCAAGACAUGAACAAUUGUAAUCUUUUGGAAGUUGGGGCUGCCGGCCUGCUCGUCGGAGAUAUGGAAGCUAAAAUGAAGGGCCAACACUGGAAAUAUUUUGGUACCACAGAGAUGCCUUACUUAGAACAGCUCCUGCAGCCAGCUUCAGUCACGAUGAUAACAAAUUCAGUCUCAGCUCGCACUCACUUGAAGGCGAUAACAGCUACCAAACGCACUAGGAGUGACCCUCAGCAGAUCUGGGAUGAUUGCACAUUUCGUCCACGCGCCAGACCACUUUUUCAGUAUCGUCAUUACAGUGAACAACAACCUCUGCGCCUAAACCCUGCCGAGGUAGGUGAGGUGAUUGCCUCUGUGUGUUCAGAGGCAUCAUCCACCCCUUCAAAUCCAAUGACCGUAUCACCCCAACUGAAUAGCAAGACUGGGAAGCCGUCGAUGGAUGUGGCUGUGAGCGUCCUGAUAAAGCUUGUUAUUGACAUGUAUGUCUUGGACGCUAGAAUUGCUGCUCCUCUUACUCUUUCCAUGCUCGAGGAAAUGCUUUGCUCCACAAAUGCAGCUUGUAGGAUUCGUGUAUUUGAUUUAAUUCUUAAUCUAGGAGUUCAUGCACAAUUGUUAGAGCCAAAGGUAAGUGAUAAUGCUACAACCAUUGAGGAAGAAUACGCCCAAGAAACAUUUAUCGACAAUGAAAAUAGGCUACUGCUUCAAGGGACAAGAACCAAAGACUUGCCUAAGAUGUCAAGCACUUCUUCAGCUAUUGAGAACUUCGAGUCUUGGAUAUUAAAAAUCUUAUUUGAAAUACUUCUUCUCCUAGUUCAGGUUGAGAAAAAGGAAGAAUCCGUUUGGGCAUCUGCUCUCAGCUGCUUGCUAUAUUUUGUCUGUGAUAGAGGCAAAAUAAGGAGAAAGCAGCUAAAUGGUCUCGACAUAAGGGUUAUUAAAGCUUUUCUGGGAACUAGCAAAAGGAAUUCUUGGUCAGAAGUUGUUCAUUCCAAGCUUAUUUGUAUCAUGACAAACAUGUUUUAUCGACCUCCAGAACUAGAUGGUUCUAUCAAAGCAACGUCAAAUGCCUCAAGUUUUCUUAUAGAACAGGUCGAUCUGAUUGGUGGCGUAGAGUUCAUUUUCUAUAAGUAUUCUUUGGCAACCACUAGAGAGGAAAGAAGAAAUCUCUACUCGGUUUUAUUUGACUAUGUUCUGCAUCAAAUUAAUGAGGCAUGCUCAGCUGCUGGUCUUUCUGAGUACAGUGAUGAUGAGAUUCAACUUUUGGCUGUUCGGCUUGCUCUUGCUGAUGCACCUGAAGCUUUCUACAUUUCUGUUAAGCUUGGUGUUGAAGGCAUAGGGGAAAUCCUGCGAAGAUCAAUUGCUGCUUCAUUGUCUGGGUUUAGCAACAGCGAACGUCUAAACGAGCUUUUGGCAAAUAUAACAGAAAGAUUUGACACGAUAGUAGCUUCGUUUACUCACUUGGACAAAGAGUUUCUGCAUCUUAAACAGAUAACCAAGUCGUCCAAGUUCAUGGAAAACAUUCAAGGGUUAAGAAAUGAUAGAAGCAUGUCAGUGAAUCUAGCAUGGGCUACUUUGCACUCUCUUCUUCAUUCAGAAAGAGCCACAUAUCGUCAAAAUGGAUAUAUCUGGUUGGGGGAUCUUCUGAUAGCGGAAAUUAGUGAAGAGAGUGGUGGAAGUAUAUGGCUGAGCAUAAAAGACUUGCAGCAAAAGAUUGUCAAUUGUGGUGCCUCCGAUUCCCUAAUUACUUCUGAUAUACCUGUUUCCGUACAUCUUCUGUGUGGACUCUUGAAGUCAAAGAACAGUGUUAUCAGAUGGGGUUUCCUUUUCAUUCUGGAGAGGCUUCUUAUGCGUUCCAAGUUCUUACUAGAUGAGAAUGAAACACAGCGAUCAACCGGUGGAAGUGCUAGUCAGAAUGAGAAAGACAGACGACUAGAGAAAGCAAAUGCUGUUAUAGGCAUAAUGAGCAGCGCUUUGUCUUUGAUGGCACAAAUAAAUGAAACUGACCGGAUUAAUAUCUUAAAGAUGUGUGACAUUCUGUUCUCGCAAUUGUGCUUGAAAGUUUUGUUUGCCGAUGAGGAAGCAGUCCCUAACUCUUCUGAUAGAAAUAGCAAAUUUGAUACAUCCCAUCGUAACAACUAUCAAGAGAGUAUGGAUGAUGCUGACACCAGGCCUCGGUACAACGAUGUCUCUGUUUCAACGUGCGAGACAGCGUCAAUGGCAGCAAUGCUUCUUCGUGGACAAGCCAUCGUCCCUAUGCAGCUGGUUGCGCGUGUUCCAACGGCUUUGUUUUAUUGGCCCUUGAUUCAACUAGCAGGUGCAGCAACUGACAAUAUUGCACUUGGUGUCGCCGUUGGAAGUAAAGGAAGAGGGAAUAUCCCAGGGGCAACCUCUGAUAUUCGAGCCACCCUACUAUUACUUCUGAUCGGUAAAUGCACCGCAGAUGCAGUUGCUUUUCAAGAAGUUGAUGGAGAGGAGUUCUUUAGGGAACUCCUGGAUGAUACUGACUCAAGGGUGGCUUAUUACUCUUCAGCAUUUCUACUAAAGAGGAUGAUGACGGAGGAAGCAGAGAAAUACCAAAACAUGCUUCAGAAGCUUGUCUUCAAGGCUCAGCAGAGCAAUAAUGAGAAACUGCUGGAGAAUCCAUACCUGCAGAUGUGUGGUAUACUCCAGUUAUCAAACGAUCCUUAAACUUGGGUCAACUCGCAAGUCUCCAGUUUAAUGGCUUCUGUAAGUGUCUCGAUUUCAAAAAAAAAAAAAAAUCUUAGAGAGUUACUUUGGCACCACCCUGCCGCAAGAAAGGAAAAUUGAGUGAAAGUAAAAGACAUUUCAUAGAUACUAGACUCGUCAGUGAAAGUAGCAGAGGGAAUCUGCAAGUGAAUUCAGAUAUGGCUUCCUGUGACAGAUAGUUUAGUGAGUUUAUUUGACAUCACUUUGGCUGAGAUCUGAAGAAAGCUUGCAGUUAAUCGUUGUCUGAACGGAUCAACUAGAAUGUGAUCAUAUGAUUCAUUCGCCUUCUCCUUUUUCUGUGGGAAUGGCGAACUUACAGAGACACUGCGCUUCUGAUAACCACCGCCAUGUCAUUUUUUGUCCUAACAAACUGAAGGUUCCUUUUCUCUUAUGCUCUUCUGUGUGUAAAAUUAACAAAAAUCCUGGACAGAGGCUGCAGCUCCAGAAAUUUUAGUUUUCUUGGAGCUCUGCUUUUGUAUAGCCAGGAACAAAACCAGUUAGUUAGGUGAUUGUUUGUGUAGAGAACUAGAGAUAGAUAGGCUUAUUGUCCUUUGGGUGUCGAAUGGUUAUGUGAAAAGUGUGAACCUAACCAGUGUUUUUUUUUGUCAUUUCUAGAAGUAAUUCUUUUGUUGUUUCUGGCUUACCAUUAUCUAAGAGAUACUAUAGAAACUAAUCAUGUUUAUGAUUUGUCUGUACAAAAAAAGC